AUGGCUGGAAGUGAUACUUUUCGAGGUCGAUUCCGCUUUUAUAGGAGUCCUUUUGCAAAGUUUCUUCAAAACCCAUGCUCUGUAGGGCGGAACACAAUAGAAGGCGAUAAGGGGAUCAAUGACACAUGGCAAGGUUGUAAUGCAAAUGCUAAGAUAUUCACUGAUGGGAGUUUCCGAUCCAGAAGCCAACGCAAUAGCAGCCAACAAAGAAGCUGGUACGAAGCUAAGGAUCGGGAGCAUGGCUUGCAUUGUGAGAGCCUGAAGAAAAAAAGACCUAAUACUCGUCAAACAAGUAUAUCAAAAUUUUACUGGCCCAAGGCGUCAGAUUAG